AUGCUACCGUACCUCUUCCCUGACCUUGCUGCCUUUCCCACAGUCGCUGACCUCAUUACGCACCUUCGCACUAGUGACACUCGCUACCGCGCUGCCCUUCCUGCUGAGUUCUGCGCCAAGAACCCCCCCCCCAUUCGGUCGGCGCUGCGUCUCCCCCGAGCGAGAGACGCCGCACCGGCAAGGGCAAGGGGGGCAAGGGUACUGGAGGGGCUGGCGGGGGUGGCGGAGGUGGCGGUGGAGGCAGUGGAGGGGGUGGGGGUGGUGGUGGGAGUGGUGGCAGGGGUGGAGGUGUCGGUGGCGGCAGUGGAGGCGGAGGCGGCGGCAGCGGUGGCGGUGGGAGCUGAGGUGGCGGAGGUGGCGGCGGUGGAGGAGGCAGCAGCGGAGGAGGUGGAGCUAGUCGGGGUGGCGCUGCGCAGAGGGUCGGCUUCGGUGGUGGUCAGCGCCAGCAGCAGCAGCGCACUCGUGACAUCCCCCCCCCCUCAGCAGCUCCGUGAGUGGUACGCUGCACGCCAGCGGGGUGGGGGUACUGGUCCGUGCAGCUACGUCCUACGCACCGGCGACCGCGCGGGUGAGCAGUGCGGGGGUGCGCACUCCACCCAGCGCUGCUUUGGCCGCCUGACGGACGCUUGGUGUCACCAGUUUCCUGAGGCCACUGAGAUCCCCCGCUCAGGCGAGCUGUCUAGGGCGGGAGUAGCUGUCUUUGACCUUGACUUUGAUGCUAUUCUUGCUGCCAUGUAUGCUGUAACUACUAGUGAUGAGGGUGACUGUUACCGGUGUUUUCCGCCCGACCCGGGCAUUGAGACUGCUGCUCUAGGUACUGGUGAGGCUGCUGCUCUAGGUGCUAGCGAGGCUGCUGCUCUAGAUGCUAGUGCGUCUGCUACCUCACGUGCUGGUGAGUCUGCUCUCUCAGGUACUGCGUCGGCUUCAGCCUCCCACACCUUCACCCUUGACUCAGGGGCUUCUCGCUCCUUCUUUCGAGACCGCACCAUACUCACGCAGCUUGGUCGGCCAGUUGCAGUCUCUCUGGCAGACCCCUCUGGGGGUCCUGUCCUUGCUCACUUCUCCACUGUCCUCCCGUGUGCGGCGGCCCCCUCUGGCACCCUAUCUCGUCUUUACCUCCCCUCGUUCUCUACGAACUUGGUGAGUGGUGCUGACCUACAGGAUGCGGGGGUUCACCAGUUCACUCCUGCGAGCCAGCGGGUGACCCACUGCACGGACACUCAGACGGGCCGACACUUGGCCACGUUUACACGUCGGCCGGGGUCGAGCCUGUACACACUGAGCACUGAGUCUCCUCCGGUCACUGCGUCUGGUCAGGUAGCUGCGUCGGGUCAGGUGUUUGCUGCAGCGUCCAGGUCUGGUCCUGAGUCUGCCCCCUACUCGUGUGGCCUCCUGUCUCACGAGACUCUCCUCUGGCACCACCGCCUUGGUCACCCCUCCCUGCUUCGUCUCCGAGGCAUCGCCUCCCGUGUCCUUGUCUCUGGUCUUCCCUGGUCCCUCCCUCCCCUACCUCCGGGGCCUGCCCCUACCUGCAUCCCCUAUGUCGAGGGGCGGCAGCGGGCUGCCCCUCACUCCUCCCAGUUUCCUCCGACAGAGGCCCCGCUGCAGACGCUUCACAUGGACGUGUGGGGCCCCGCCCGCGUCCGUGGACAGGGUCACGAGCGCUACUUCCUGCUUGUGGUUGUUGACUACUCGCGUUACACCACAGUCUUCCCCUUGCGCAGCAAGGGUGAUGUCACUGAGGUGUUGAUCGACUGGAUCCGCGCAGCUCGUCUCCAGCUGAGGAAGAGUUUUGGCUCGGACUUUCCUGUUCUGCGUCUGCACUCUGACAGAGGCGGAGAGAUCUCCUCUGGCCUUCUGCGAGCCUACUGUCGUGCACGAGGCAUCCGCCAGACCUUCACGCUUCCGGACUCUCCACAGCAAAAUGGGAUUGCUGAGCGCCGCAUUGGCAUGGUCAUGGACGUCGCCCGUACGUCCAUGAUGCAUGCGGCUGCCCCUCAUUUUCUGUGGCCGUUUGCGGUUCGGUACGCGGCGCAUCAGAUCAACCUUCAGCCAAGGGUCUCCAUGCCGGAGACCUCCCCAGCUUUGUUGUGGACGGGGAAGGUUGGCGAUGCGUCUGUGUUCCGUGUCUGGGGAUCUAGGGUGUUUGUCCGCGACUUGUCUGCGGACAAGCUGUCCCCUCGUGCUGCUCCCUGCGUCUUCCUUGGCUUCCCCCCUGAUACGCCAGGGUGGCAGUUCUACCACCCCACCUCUCGCCGAGCUCUGUCCUCCCAGGACGUCACGUUUGACGAGUCGGUCCCCUACUACCAUCUUUUCCCCUACUGCACUCCGUCCCUCCCCCCGCCACCGCUCUUCCUUGUGCCAGGUCCCCCCCCCGGUAGACCCCCUUCCCCCUCAGGUGUGUCCUAG